AUGAGAUUUUUUAUCUUCUGUGGUUGGCUUCUGGCCACUACUGGCGCCUACCUGGUAUCUGAGCAAAUCGAUGUUCAAGCCAGUCUACUCAUCGACCCGAAAGAUGUCGCCGACAAGACGUUUGAUUACAUUAUCGCGGGUGGCGGCUUGACCGGCCUGACUGUUGCCGCCAAGCUGACAGAGAACCCCAACAUCGAGGUCCUGGUCAUUGAGGCGGGAUUUUACGAGUCCAAUAGCGGACCUGUGAUUAAGAAUCCAAACAGAUACGGUGAAGUCUUUGGCACCACUGUUGACCACAACUAUCUCACUGUGCCUCUCAUCAAUAACCGUACCGACAACAUCAAGUCUGGAAAAGGUCUCGGUGGUUCUACGCUAAUCAACGGCAACUCAUGGACCCGUCCGGACAAGGUCCAGAUUGAUUCCUGGGAAAAGGUCUUUGGCAACGAGGGCUGGACCUGGGACAACAUAUUGCCCUACAUGAAUCGGGCUGAGCGUGCCCGUGCCCCAACUGCAGUCCAGGUUGCCGCGGGCCAUUUCUUUGACCCGGCUUGUCACGGAUUCAACGGCACCGUCCACUCUGGGCCUCGCGACAACGGCCAACCUUGGUCUCCGCUGAUGAAGGCACUUAUGAACACCACUUCUGCCCUCGGCGUCCCAACCCAGGUGGACUUUAACUGUGGCCACCCUCGUGGCGUGUCCAUGAUCCCCAACAACCUUCUCGAGGACCAAGUGCGCGCUGAUGCAGCCCGUGAAUGGCUGCUUCCUAAUUACCGUCGCAAGAACCUCAAGGUCUUGACCGGACACGCUGUGGGAAAGGUUCUCUUUGAUCAAAAAGCUCCCAUACUAAAGGCAAUUGGAGUUAACUUUGGCACCAACAAGGCUGUCAACUUUAAUGCCUACACUAAGCAUGAGGUUUUGCUGGCCGCCGGCUCUUCAAUUUCGCCUUUGAUCCUGGAGUACUCUGGCAUUGGCCUAAAGUCCGUCCUUGACAAGGCCAACGUCACCCAGCUGGUAGAGCUGCCUGUCGGCAUCAACAUGCAAGACCAGACUACCACGACUGUCCGCGCGCGCAGCACGUCCGCUGGUGCUGGGCAGGGCCAGGCUAUCUACUUUGCCAACUUUACCGAGACCUUUGGAGAAGACGUUGCGUAUGCCACAGAGCUGCUCGAGACCAAGAUGGACCAAUGGGCCGAGGAGACUGUCGCGCGCGGCGGCUUCCACAACGUCACUGCACUCAAGAUCCAAUACGAGAAUUACCGCGACUGGCUGCUUCAUGAGGACGUGGCAUAUUCUGAGCUCUUUCUGGACACCUCGGGGCAAAUAAAUUUUGACUUGUGGGAUCUCAUUCCCUUUACUCGCGGCUCUACCCAUAUCCUCAGCAGCGAGCCCUAUCGCUGGCAGUUUGCCAACGACCCAAAAUUCCUCUUCAACGAGCUCGAUCUUCUCGGACAGGCCGCCGCGACCAGGCUGGCUCGCAAGCUACAAAACAGCGGAGCAAUGGCCAGCUAUUUCGACGGGGAGGUGAUACCGGGCCCUGAGGUGCCCGAGGACGCAACUUUAGGGCAGUGGGCUGAAUAUGUCAAGGACAACUUCCGCGCCAACUGGCACGCUGUGGGAACCUGCUCCAUGAUGUCCAGAGAGCUUGGUGGUGUUGUUGAUGCAGCUGCCAAGGUUUACGACACCCAGGGCCUGCGUGUCAUUGACGGCUCUAUCCCUCCAACCCAGGUGUCUUCUCAUGUCAUGACAAUCUUCUACGGCAUGGCUCUGCGCAUUGCCGAGUCCAUCCUGGAGGAUUAUGCGAAAUCUUAA